GAACUUGUAACGAAAAUAACUAAAACUUUGGAAUUGUUUAUUUUUUAAUACAAUAUUUACAUCGAUUAAGAAUUUAUUAAUCUACAAGCUGUAUACAAAUUAAUUCUUUGUUUAAACAUCAAAACUAUCCUUUUGAAAUGUCUUUCGAUCAUCCUUAUGGAAAGCCGGUAAGUGUUUUCAGAACAACUGACAACAAGGAAGUGAUUGUAGAAGAAGAAGAACUUGAGACACUGUUUGGACAUCCAGAAAUACAAGAUCGUAAAAUUGUGAUUUUUUCAACAAUUGGAGCAUUUCGAGGUGGCAAAAGUUUCUUUUUGGAUUAUUGUUUGAGGUUCUUAUAUGCUCACUUCCCAUCAAUCAACAAUCCCAACAAGAAGUCUCAAUUUAUUUUCAAAAAGAACGAAAAUUGGAUGGGCAACAAAGAUGAUCCAUUAAAUGGAUUCUCAUGGGUUUCUGGUACAAAACGUGACACAACGGGCAUCAUCAUUUGGAGUGACAUAUUUCUGCAUACAAUCGAUACAACUGGAGAGAAAAUAGCUAUUUUUGUGAUCGACACACAGGGUCUGUUUGACACAGAAUCAACUCCAACUGAUAAUUCAAGAAUUUUUGCUCUUGGAACUUUAAUUUCGUCUAUACAAGUGUUGAAUUUAAAGAACCGAAUUCAAGAAGAUCAGCUGCAAUAUUUACAAUUUGCAACUAAUUAUGCAAAAUUUAAUGUGGAACAAGCAGGAGAAACCAAUGAAAAUCCAUUCCAAAAUUUGACAUUUCUCAUUCGCGAUUGGGAAAAUGAUGAAGAUUUUGCAUUUGGAAUUGAUGGCGGCAAACAGUACUUUGAGGAAGAAGUCCUCAAAAUCAAGCCGUCACAAAAAGGAGAACUAAUUUCUGUCCGUGAAUCGAUCAGAAGUUCUUUUGAGACAAUUGAAUGCUGUUUAUUGCCUCAUCCUGGUAAACAUGUCUCUAGAAUUAAAGAGUAUGAUGGAAGAUGGUCAUCGAUGGACGAAGAAUUUAAAGAAGAAUUGGAAAAAAUCAUAGAAUUGCUGUUGCUGCCUAAAAACAUGGUUUUAAAGAAAGUGAACGGACAGGAACUGACAGGCAUGGAAUUGAAGGAUUAUAUCAUGCAAUUUUUCAAAAUAUUCCAGUCUGAUGACAUUCCAGAGACAUUAACAAUUUACGAAUUGACAGUCGAGAGUAACAUGAACAGUUUAAUUAAGAAAUGCAUCGAUGACUACAAAAAAACAAUGUAUCGCAAUAGAGAGCUUAUAAGUAACGAGGAAAGCAUUCAAAUUAUGCACAAAAAUUGUAAAGAUAGAGCUUUGGAGUUAUUUAAUAAGGAACGCAAGAUGGGAUCAAUCGAUCAUGAAGAAAAGUUUAAAGCAAAAUUAAACAGCGAAAUUGAUUCAAUUUUUAAUUUUUUUGCAAGCCAAAAUUUUUUAUCUCAGGCAGUUGAGGAGGAAGUAGCUAGACAACAAGCAUUACUUGACAGAGAAACACAGCAAAGAUUGGAACUAGAACAAGUCCAAAGAGAGGCUGAAAGGAGGUUAGUUGAACUUGUCGAGAACGGAGAUAUAAUAGAAGAUGAAGAGCAUGUCAGACAAAGAGAGAUUUUAGAAGCUCGAAUAAAUGCUGAGAAUAAUAGGCUGCAAGCGAUUGAACGUCAAGCAAAUGAGAACCACGCUUUUACAGAAAUGUUAACAGUUGCAAUGAGUGCCUUUACUUUGGGAGCACCUUUCUUUCCUGGUGGAGUAGUUGCUAGAUUGGCUGUUACAGCAGCAGGAGCUGUGAUUUUAGGAGGUAUUUCAACUGUAGCUAACAGAUGCACAAUCAUGUAAUUCAAAAGAAAUUUAAUGUCCAGAUUUUAAAAAGCCUUAUUAUCCUUAAUACUUAAUCUUCAAUUAAUUUUAAAAAGCCCAAUUUACAGCCCUGAAAAUUUACAUAUUAAUCAUAACAAUUGUUAUCAAAGAACAAUAAUAUUCGAAAUAAAAAAGUCUCUUUAAUCACUUCA